AACUGCAGUAAGCAGGGAGUGGAUCAUGAAAAUCGAAUGUGCGCGAAGAAAACCUUGCCAGGUUGUCUCCCACACCAAGACGAUUGGUUUCAUCGUUGCUGCUACCUUUGUCAUAGUCGUGAUAAUCCUAAGUUUAUCUUUCGUUCGUCGCAAACGACGUGGAAAAACAGAAAUCCGUGGUCAUCAUCAGCCUCAGGAAAACGGCGAACUACUUCCCCGUGUGGCUUUUGUUCCUUCUAAUGAAAGGGCGAGUACGUCAAAGACUGGUUCUGGUGUUGUUUAUCAAAACUUGACAACUGAUGGAGACCCAAUUCCAGGCCACUCGCGUGGUGUUGUAAACGACGAAGGAGAUUACGUCAAUACAGAACCUUCGCGAAGCUCAUGGUAUGAUAGACUACAGCUUUUCGGACCAUUAGCUAUUGAUUGGCUACGAAAUGCGUGGGGGAAUGUUGACGAGGAAGGUCACCAUGUUUAUGACGUCACGCAACGUGUCAGACAGGUUUUUAUUCCGUACGACAAGUUGGGAAACACCGCGCAGGACGACUCGGCAAAAACAAUGGAGACAAGUGAUUCAACUUAUGAUACACCUGAAAGACCACCAGUGGUUAUAUAUAGCUCAGUGUCAAGGGAAGACUGCACCAACGACUGAGAUUGCAUGAAAUAUUGAAAUAAAAAACGUUGCUUCCUAGUCUAAAAGGAAUAUAUUUCGUUUCAGGAAUAACAGGGAAAAAUUGUUAUCAGAAAAGAAGGCAACUACUUUAUCUCUUUAGUUGUGCGUUAUCUUGCAAUAAUGGCGUAUCCAUUUUAGUCUAAUUCUUUUACUAGCUUGAAGCACUGUUUAUAUAUCCUAUAUCGAUAAUUAAUAAAGUCACUUUCAU